AUGGGUGUCUGGGACGCCUUCACCGGCCGCAAGGCCACCCAAACCGCAUCGCCAGCGCCCGACUCCUCCGACGCCGCACACCAACAACCCACCAUCCAACCCACCUUCCAAGCAGACGAUGUAGGCUCCUUCAUCAGCCAGCCCGGCGCAUUCGACCCUUCCGCGCUGCAUCCUCUAGCCGGCCUUAACCAAGACACCCUCGACUACAUCAAACUCGACGACGACGUCCUCUCAGAUCUCCCCGGUUCCCGAUCACUACUGCCAUCGCGAGGAUGGUCAGACGAUUUGUGUUACGGCACCGGCGUCACAUAUCUUACCGGUCUGUCAAUAGGUGGAGCGUGGGGUCUGGCGGAAGGGUUAAACAGAUUGCCGUCUACGGCGCCGCCCAAGCUUCGCCUGAACUCGGCCCUGAACGCUAUCACGCGGAGAGGACCGUUUCUGGGUAACUCGGCGGGUGUGGUCGCGAUGAUGUACAACGGCAUCAACAGCACGAUUGGAUACUACAGAGGGAAGCACGAUGCGAUGAACAGCAUAGCAGCGGGUGGCAUCAGCGGCAUGAUAUUCAAGAGCACGAGAGGUGUGCGGCCGAUGAUGAUCUCAGGUGGUAUUGUGGCAUCCCUGGCAGGUGGUUGGGCGCUAACCCGAAAGGUUGUUUUCGACGAAUGA